AUGGCUGCGACACAGAAGAACCAGGCUCAACUGGCAUUGGCGAAGCAACGCAAUCAUGUUCCAUGGUGCGAGCAGUAUGAACGCAUGAUAUCUGGCAUGCUAUAUGACUCGUUUGUGCCAGAGAUGAAGAAAGCUCGCUUCCACGCUCGUGCCUGGCAGCACAAAUACAACCACUAUUUCCCCACGGAUGUGGAAAGUGCAGAUGCACAAGAAAAGUUGGAAGCACAGCGCGAGCAGGAUCUUGGUCAGAUAUUGGGGCACAUUGGCAAAGGGGCGUAUAUCGAGCCUCCUUUCGCCUUCGACUACGGGUGCAACAUCAGUAUCGGGGAUCGCUUCUAUGGCGCGUUCCGGCUGACGAUCAUCGACUGUGGUUUGGUCACGAUCGGGGACCGAGUCAUGGUAGGUCCCGGUGUAUCCAUCUUCGCCGCAACCCACGAGACCGAAGUACAGAGUCGAAGGGACGACAUCGAAUUCGCGAAGCCGGUGACCAUCGGGAACGACUGCUGGAUCGGAGGACACGUGGUCAUCUUGCCUGGCGUGACAAUCGGUGACGGCUGCACGAUUGCUGCAGGCUCGAUCGUGACCAAAGAUAUUCCUGCCUGGAGCGUGGCAAUGGGGUCUCCCGCGAGAGUGGUGAGGAAAGUGCGUGCUUUGGAUCCCAUUCACAGCCAGGCGAAUGGAUGCUGA